AUAGGAAUAUCAUGCCUGGAAGCUCAAUAUAUAAUGAAUAUCCCAGGACCUGGUUAUGUGAUAGCAGCUUGAUAUAGAAAGAAUUGUCAAUCAAAGUACUGAAUAUGCCAGAAAGCCACAAUGAUCCCUGACUACAACAGCACAGCUUCCCCGUUCUUCUUCAAUUCCAGCUUCUCGUGGAACCAUGAUUCACAGACUCAAGUGGUUCUCGGCAGCAGACCAGUAGACCGAAGUGCCAAUGGCUUGUUCAGAUCAGCUGUACUCUCUCCUACAACCUCGCUGGGAGCAAAUGGGUCUCUCCUAAGUAAUAGUACAACUGACCCUCUUGGAGGUCACACUGUUUGGCAAGUUGUUUUGAUCGCCUUCUUUACAGGAAUACUUUCCUUGGUGACAAUAAUUGGAAACAUUCUGGUUAUAGUCGCAUUCAAGGUGAACAAACAAUUAAAAACGGUGAAUAACUACUUUCUUCUAAGUCUCGCCUUUGCAGAUGUGAUCAUUGGAGUGAUUUCGAUGAACCUAUACACAACAUACAUCAUAAUGGAUAGAUGGGCUUUAGGUAAUGUAGCUUGUGACCUUUGGCUUGCUAUUGAUUAUGUUGCCAGCAAUGCCUCUGUCAUGAAUCUUCUAGUUAUAAGCUUUGACAGAUACUUAUCAAUUACAAGACCACUUACCUACAGAGCUAAACGAACUCCCAAAAGAGCUGGGAUAAUGAUUGGGCUCGCUUGGAUUGUCUCAUUUGUACUCUGGGCCCCUGCUAUUUUGUUCUGGCAAUACUUUGUUGGUGAGAGAACUGUGCCACCCAAUGAAUGUUUCAUACAGUUUUUAUCUGAACCAAUAAUUACUUUUGGUACUGCCAUUGCUGCAUUUUACUUGCCUGUCACCAUCAUGACAAUCCUGUAUUGGAGAAUAUACAAGGAAACUGAAAAACGCACCAAAGAACUGGCAGCUCUCCAGGCCUCAACCACUGACAUGGAAACCAUCCAUUUUGUUCAUCAAACAGGCAGCUCCAGGAGCUGCAGCAGCAAUGAACUGCAGCAGGCAGGAAUGAAAGAGCAAAGGAGGCUCAGGAGGUGCCGCUUUUGGGCAAACUCAAAGACGUGGAAGUCUAGCACUGAGGGAGAGCAAGAGGGAAGCAGCAGUGAUAGUUGGAAUAACAAUGAUGGCGGUGGCUCUUUAGACCACUCUGCUUCAUCUGACGAGGACGAUGUAGUAUCAGAAACGAGAGCAAUUUACUCCAUUGUGUUAAACCUACCUGGACUUAAGACGGCUGCUAGCCUCUCGAGAUCCACAAAUGCCAAUAACAUCGACCUUUGCAGUGAUGAACUUGCCAAGGCAGAUAAUAGUGUAAAGGAAAGGAAGUUCAGAUCGCAAGAGUUCAAGGACCCAGAUGAGCAAGGCAACAGCUUUCACCAGCAUUUUGCCAAGCUUCCUGUUCAGUCACUGCCAUCAAUCCAUCCCUCAAAGACCUCUGGAGGAAUUGCAUCUCUAGCAAAAUCAUCCACUUCUAUGUCUCUCAGAGAAACCACAGUUGCGAAAGCAUUUGCUUCCAAAGCAAGAACUCAGAUUACAAAGCGUAAAAGAAUGUCACUUGUAAAAGAAAAGAAGGCUGCACAGACACUCAGUGCAAUUUUGCUUGCGUUUAUUAUCACGUGGACACCUUACAACAUAAUGGUACUGGUGAACACAUUUUGUGACAAAUGCAUUCGUGAUUCACUGUGGCAACUAGGUUAUUGGCUGUGCUACGUCAAUAGCACUGUGAAUCCCAUGUGCUAUGCACUGUGCAACAAAACCUUCAGAAACACUUUUAAAAUGUUACUGCUCUGUCACUUCGAAAAAAGAAAAAAACGCAGGCAACAGUAUCAACCAAAACAAGCUGUUAUUUUCCAUAAAAGGAUUCCAUGCGAGCCCUCCUGAAGCUACCUUCAUCAGAUUGUAAUUGUUUCUGUUUGGUAUCAAUUAACAGCUUUGGUCAAGAGCAUACAGGCUGUCAGUGUUGUGAGCACAUGGCUAAAGUAUACGCUGCUUUGUAUUAUGUGUCGGAUGGUGUUUACAUGAUGUAGACGGCAGUACAAGUAUUUAACUAGUGUUGGUGUAUUUAAAUUGUAUAAUUUUGUCUUUCUGUUCAUAUAAAGUCCAUGUAUGCUUUUGCUUAAUAUUUAUUUAACAUGAAUAUAAUCUUAAGACCUUAAUGCUAUUAUUUCAUGAUGGCAACUAUGAUACUGGAGUUUGCAUCCUAAACCACAAGAGUAAUGCCAUAAACAAUCAUGUGGGAGUACAGAAUUUGAAUGCUGCUGCAAAGAGAGUAACUUGCUCAAGCUUUUCAUUUGCACUCAUCAGAAUAAACACAAAAAUACAAAUUUCAAAUGAUUACAACAGAGAAAGAGAUGCUGAUUGACUGACUUUUGUUGACUCUGAUUGGCUAUGGUGGGCAGUAUUUUCUUCCCAAGCUCCUGCAUGUUUCAAACAAGGCACAAGGAGAAUAUAGAAGGACAAGCAUUUGAGUCAUUUUACAGUAGAUCAUUGCAUUCACUGAUAGCUCUGUCACUCCUCUUGGUAGUUUUGUUUCUUUUGCUGCCAUUAAAACUAAAGUAAUUUCACUUUUCUCCUUGACAAUAUCUCGGUAAAUCAGUGUUCAUCCACCAAUUAAUUAGCACUGUUUUCUCUGGUAGGAUUAAUUGUUGUAAUUGUUUGAAAUUUGGCAUUCUUGUGCUUGUCCUAAGGAGCAUACGACCCAAUGUUUCAGCAAGUUAUUAUCUUUUCAGCAAUAGUCAAGUAUUGCCAACCUCCAAUUUUCACAACUGGUUCCUCUCAUUCUCCCUUACCUCCCAUAAAAUUACCCUUCCACUUUUCUUGAAGCCACUUACUACCAUAAGCUUUCAGUGUAGAAAAGGUUUAGAUUGGACUGUGUACUUGACUUUGUGCUAAGGUCCGAUGUGGUAUAGUUCAAUGGGACAGAACUGGUUCUGCUAAGCAAAAAAAAGGUGUCUUCCUCCUAACCCUGACGAAAGUAUAUUCUCUGUGACCAAAAUAUAUUCUGCAUCAGAGUCCAACCACAAACCCAUGAAAAUUAACCCAAUAACAAUUGAUGUUGGAACUUGAACUUACUUGGUUAAGAAGUCCCCUACUCUCUUUCAUCAACCGCUGGACUGCUAAUUAUGAUUUAUCUUUGCUGUAGGAAAACCAAGUUAUAGAUACUAUAAUUAAAAAUGUUUGACAUGAAAUAUGUUGAACUUUAUACAGUAUCUGCAUUCUUUGGUGUAAUUCUUUUGAAAAGGACAAUCGAAGACCAAGAAUUGCAAAACAUGAUUUUAUAUGAUACAUAUCUAUUUUAUUUCAGUUUAUGUAUCCAAACCAAAAACAAAGUAUUCUGGGCGUAAAUUGUUGCCACUGCAGAAGAAAAACAAAUUGACCAUGUACUCUUAAAUAUGCAGUCUAUGUUUAACUUCCCUUUUAACUAGGAGCCAUUAAUGUUAUGUGAUCCACCUUUAAUUUUGGAUCCAUUAUAGUAGUUCCAAGUUCAAGAAGACUUCAGAAAAAAGUAUAAAGAGUAAACUUUUUAGUGUUUAUACUUAGUGCCAAGCCCAAAGGAUAGUAUUGUAAAACUUACGACUUACAACAUAAUUCAGUGUCAACAUGAAAGAACACUCCAUUGUAAUAUAACCAUCUUUUUGUAUGAUAUUGUAAAAUUUAGUAAAUGAGACUGCUAGUUUAAUUCAAUUCUAUAACUUGACAUGUCCAUUUACAUAUUGAAUGUAAUGUUCUAUCAAUUGGU